AUGGCCGCCGCUGCUUCUGUUUACCCGCCGCUUGACCAACGUCCGGUCAAGAACACAGUGCUUCUGUUUGACGUUGAUGACACACUCACAAAGCCGCGACAGCUUGUCAAGCCGGAGAUGCUCCAGCUGCUCUCUGAGCUCCGUCACAAGGUCGCCAUUGGCUUCGUAGGAGGCUCGAACCUGGCCAAGCAGCAAGAGCAGCUCGCAACCGCGGACAUCAACGUCACAUCCCUCUUUGACUUCUGCUUCGCCGAGAACGGUCUCACUGCGUACCGGCUGGGGGAGCAGCAGGCUAGCCAAAGCUUCAUUGGCUGGAUUGGCCAGGAGAAGUACAACAAGCUUGUCAAGUGGAUUCUUCACUACAUUGCAGACCUCGACAUCCCCAUCAAGCGCGGUACCUUCGUCGAGUUCCGCAACGGCAUGAUCAACGUCUCACCCAUUGGCCGUAACGCCUCGACCGAAGAGCGCAACGAGUACCAGAAAUACGACAUCGAACACGACAUCCGACCAACCAUGGUCCGCAAGCUGAAGGAGGAGUUCCCAGACUACGGUCUCACAUACUCGAUUGGUGGGCAAAUCUCGUUCGACGUGUUCCCAACCGGCUGGGACAAGACCUACUGCUUGAACUUUAUUGCGAAAGAGAAGGAGAGGGAAAACGGUGUGGAUUACCAGACGAUUCACUUUUUCGGCGACAAGACCUACAAGGGCGGAAACGACUACGAGAUCUACAGCGAUGAGAGGACAAUUGGACACUCGGUCAAGAACCCAGACGACACAUAUGCGCAGUUGCAGGAGUUGCUCAAGUCCUUUCAGCAAUAG